AUUGCACUCAACUCAAUUAGUUGAAUCAUUUGCAAAAAAUGGCAGAACAAAAUAAUAAUGUCUUAGGGUUGUGGGAAGUGAUCAACAACUACAACGAGCCAACCAUGUUAGUUGCCACCACUUCAGUACUGAUCUUGGCUAUUUUAUGGUACAAGUUCAUACUAUCAACUUCCUCAAAUGGUGCACCACCAUUGCCACCAGGUCCCCGUUCGCUCCCAAUCGUCGGGUACCUUCCAUUUCUUACUCCCAACUUGCACACACAGUUCACCAACAUGGCUCACACAUACGGUCCCAUCUUCAAGUUAAAGUUGGGAAGCAAACUUCUUGUUGUAAUAAAUACCCCGGAGUUAGCAAAGGAGGUGGUUCGUGACCAAGACGAGGCAUUUUCUAACCGUGACCAAACCGCUGCAAUCUUAGUAAUGACUUAUGGUGGCCAAGAUAUGGUAUUUUCGGACAACAACGCCAACUGGCGUAAGCUUCGUAAGCUAAGUGUUCACAAGAUGCUAAGCAACGUGAAUCUUGACAGAUCGAGUUCGGUUAGAUGGGAGGAAGUUAGAAGAGCUGUCAAGAACGUUUUUGGUAAAAUUGGUACCAAAGUUGACAUUCGUGAGAUUACUUUCUCCACAGAGACAAGUGUCCUAAUAAGAACAAUCUGGGAAAGCCAAUCAGAUAAAGGCGUGACAAACAGUAAUAUUGUAGCUGAGAUAGAUAAGGUGGCUUCAAAAGUCACUGCAAUACUCGGACGGAUGGAUGUAUCUGAUUUCUUCCCUGUUCUUGCUCGGUUUGAUCUACAAGGAGUCGUGCGGGACAUGGAGAAGCAACGAAACAAGUUGGAUCAACUUUUCACUACCAUCAUUGAUGAUCGAAUCGAAUCCAACUUAAAAAUGUCAGAGGACAAAACCGGGCGUGAAGGAAAGAAAGACUUUUUACAAGUCUUAUUAGACUACAAGGACGAAAAAGAUGCAACACCACUUAGCAUGAUCCAAAUAAAGUCAGUUCUCCUGAACAUUAUGAUUGCUGGAACAGAAACAACGGCAACAACUGUCGAAUGGGCGAUGUCAAAUAUUAUGCAAAAUCACAAUAUAAUGAAAAGGCUUCAAGAGGAAUUAGUAGAAGUUGUAGGAUUAAAUAACAUAGUCGAAGAACAUCAUCUUCCUAAGCUAAAAUACCUCGAUGCAACGAUUAAAGAAACAUUGCGUAUGCAUUCUAUAGUCCCUUUCUUAAUCCCACGAUCACCAAGCAAGGAAUGCAUGGUAGGUGGAUAUACCAUUCCAAAAGGUUGUACAAUAAUCCUGAAUGUUUGGUCAAUCCACCGGGAUCCUCGGUACUGGGAUGAUCCUUUGAAUUUCAACCCAGAGAGAUUCUUGACAAACAAAUGGGAUUAUAAUGGAAACAAUUUGAUAUAUUUCCCAUUUGGAUCAGGAAGAAGGUUGUGUGCAGGCGUUCCAUUGGCCGAGAAAAUGUUAAUGCUUAUAUUGGCUUCACUCUUGCACUCGUUUGAUUGGAGUAUUCCGAAGGGCGAAAAACAUGACCUUACCGAAAUUUAUAGCAUUGCAAUCAAGAAAAGAAAACCACUUACUGCUAUCCCAUCUCAAAGGUUGACAGAUGUGAGCCUCUAUAUGUAACGUUUUAUAGCUUCUUUGUAUGGUUAAGAUCCAAAAUAAUGGUAUAAGUAAUGUAGUUAUGCUCAUCAAAUGUGUACCCAUUUGGAGAGUACGUGUAAACCUUUUUUAGGGUGUAUGUAUGUGGUGUAAUAAUGUGAUGUUUUUCUCAAUAUAUAUUUUAUAAUGAAUAAUUUGAAAGCA